CAGGGAAUUCCAUCAUGGCUGUGUAAGGGAAACGUGUAUUAUCUUGGCGAUGGCGCAACGGGAAGGGACAAAAAAAGCGAAAGCUUAAACACUAGGUGUCUACGUUAUUGUCUGCAGUAGUCCGUCGGCAACUUUUACUUAUUCGAAUCCUCUUUAACACAGACCAGCUUCAAACCUGGUAGCCCAUCUAAUAUGACGCAACAUACGAACCUUCCCAUGUAGGGGUUGUUACAUCGUGAACCACACUUAUAAUGCAGGUGCUUUCGUUGUGAUGCAUGACAGCCCGACUAACUCAAGCUAGUAUACCGAACUUAUCUAGCGGUCAGUGGGUCACGAGUCGACUGGCGCCCUUCGCCGUAUUCCUACCUAGGUAGUCCUAACUCUACGAUGUAAGGCACAGAGUAUAAGUGAACUCUAUAUCUGCUCAGGGGUAUUGAGGUAUUGAAGCUAGUACCCUUACCUAGGUCGAACUUACCGGGGACAGCUUACGACACUGAACCGACACGCUGGUAUCUCUCGAGACUAGCCUCCUACAGACUUCAUAGGAUCCUUACAGUAACUAGUGUUAAGUAAACUAUAGGAAAACGAGCCUAAACGGACCAAAUCCAAAAAAAAGCAAGGGAAACUUCAACAAUGGCGGUGCAAUUAUCCAAGGAUAUCCUUCGUACCCAGUUUGUGGGGAAGAACCUUAACGAGGUCAUCACACCAACCGCCGUCUUGGAUCUGGCUAAGGUCGAGGCAAAUUGCAAUCUGAUGCUUGAAGCCGCGGAGCGGCUACAGCUCAGCUGGCGGGCACAUAUCAAAACCCACAAAACAGAAGAGCUCACGAGAUUGCAAGUUGGAGAUAAGAGCUCAUCUCCAGUAAAUCUGAUAGUCUCCACCAUCAUCGAAGCCGAGAAGCUGGUUCCCCUGCUGAAAGAGUACAGGGACAAAGGGCGAAAGAUCAAUGUCCUCUAUUCAUUCCCCCUCUACGCAUCAUGUCUCGACCGGCUCGCCCUCGUCUCCGCGGAACUUGGCGCAGGCGCCUUAUCGGUAAUGAUCGACCACGUGGACCAAGUACCUCUCCUUGCAUCCCUAGCCUCCAAGUCUGGCGGAAACCCACCCCUUGUCUUCCUCAAGGUUAACGUGGGGACUAAUCGCGCCGGCGUUAUCCCCGGCACGCCGGAGAGCAACGCGUUGAUCGACCAGCUGCUCGCCUCGGAGGAAGCCGGGUCCUCGGUCCUGCUGGGCGUGUACUGCCACGCCGGACACUCGUACGCCGCGCGGAAGGACUGGGAGGCCAUGGGCAUUCUGGGGCAGGAAUUCGAGGCUCUCAAGCAGGUCGCCGAAGUCGUCCGCGAUAAGCGAGCCCCCGGAAAGGAUCCGCUAGUCCUUUCCGUCGGCGCAACGCCCACCGCAACCACGAUCCAACACCCCGAUCUGGCAUCUACCAACGGCGUUCACGGCGCUGCUGCUAGUAACGGAGUGGACAUCCUCACCGCCGUCCCGACGUCUCGCCUCAAGACCCUCCUCAAGACCCUGAAAGCCUCCAACUUCGCCCUCGAAGUCCACGCGGGCGUGUACCCGACCCUCGACGUGCAACAGCUCGCCGCGCACGCGCGCGACCUCUCCCUGCUCAACAGCUCGAUGAUCGGCAUCAGCGUCAUGGCGGACGUCGCGUCGGUGUACCCAGCGCGCGGGCCCGACGGCGCCACCGAAGCCCUGGUCAACGCCGGCAGCAUCGCGUUGGGCCGCGAGCCGUGCCAGGAGCCCGACGGGAAGCGGUAUUCGGCCUGGGGGCUGGUGAUGCCGUGGGGGGUGCUGGCCGACACCCAGCCCGCGCCGGGGUCGGACUUUCCCGAAGUCCACGGCGGCUGGCAGGUCGCGAAGAUCAGCCAGGAGCACGGCGUGCUGCGGUGGGUCGGGCGGAAGGAAGAGGAGGCGCCGCUGAGCGUCGGCCAGCGCGUGCGAAUUUGGCCGAAUCACUCGUGUAUAGCAAGUGCAGGUCACGCCUAUUACUUAGUUAUAGAUUCCAGGAAUGCAGGCCGCGAAGAUGAGAUUAUCGAUGUAUGGCCAAGAUGGAACGGGUGGUGAAGGUACGGGGACUAAAUAAAAAGGGGGGGUUAAAGAGGUUGGGGGAACGGAGAGGCGUUGCAAGAUCACUUGCGAAUAUGGUGAACUAGAAACA